AAGUCAGCGAUUCUCAAGAAAGUCGGACGACACUCACAAGCCCAGAGCGAAGUGUGUUUGAUAUCACUGUGGCGUGGCGACGACUCAUUCAAACAUGUACAGAACGCCAUCGCCCGGUUCUGCAAGGAGUACGCUUUUGUCCAAGGUGUCGACAUUGCAAUGACGGAGUCCACGAAAGCAACACGUAAAGAAGCCGAGCUUUGGAUUAUUACACCAGUGCCAACGCCAGCUCUUGUCGUCGCUACCGAGAACAACGUGACAGACCCAGCGCCCACUGACACCGAACAACCGCCGAAUUUGGAAGAGGAGACUCUAACUCCAGCAGUCGAAAUCGAUGCACCUAUCGUUUCGCCUAACGAACUGCAAUACCCUGAAGAUGUGAUUCUUGUUCGAGACAGUUCCACGGCUGACACUAUGCCUGUGGACAAUAAGUCCGACGGGCCCCCGCACCAGACUCUGCAUGUCCCUGCACCGGAAGAGAACGCA